AUGGAAAGCGGGAUUCUCCCUCCUUCCAUCACCCCACCCCAUUCUCCCGCUUUCCAUCACCCCGCCCCAUUCUCCUGCUCUCCAUCACCCCGCACCAUUCUCCCUCUUCCAUCACCCCGCCCCAUUCUUCCGCUUUCCAUCACCCCGCCCCAUUCUCCCUCCUUCCAUCACCCCGCCCCAUUCUCCCGCUUUCCAUCACCCCGCCCCAUUCUCCCGCUUUCCAUCACCCCGCCCCAUUCUCCAGCUUUCCAUCACCCCGCCCAUUCUCCACAUUCCUUCACCCUGCCCCAUUCUCCCGCUUUCCAUCACCCUGCCCCAUUCUCCCGCUUUCCAUCACCCCGCCCCAUUCUCCCGCUUCCCAUCACCCCGCCCCAUUCUCCCGCUUUUCAUCACCACGCUCCAUUCUCCCGCUUUCCAUCACCCCGCCCCAUUCUCCCCCUUUCUAUCACCCCGCCCCAUUCUCCCUCUUUCCUUCUCCCUGCCCCAUUCUCCCUCUUACCAUCACCCCGCCCCAUUCUCCCGCUUUCCAUCACCCCGCCCCAUUCUCCCACUUUCCAUCACCCCGCCCCAUUCUCCCUCCUUCCAUCACCCCGCCCCAUUCUCCCUCUUUCCAUCACUCCUCCCCAUUCUCCCGCUUUCCAUCACCCCGCCCCAUUCUCCCGCUUUCCAUCACCCCGCCCCAUUCUACCGCUUUCCAUCACCCCGCCCCAUUCUCCCGCUUUCCAUCACCGCGCCCCAUUCUCCCCCAUCACCCCACCCCAUUCUCCUGCUUUCCAUCACCCCGCCCCAUUCUCCCGCCCCAUUCUCCCGCUUUCCAUCACCCCGCCCCAUUCUCCCGCUUUCCAUCACCCCGCCCCAUUCUCCCUCCUUCCAUCACCCCGCCCCAUUCUCCCGCUUUCCAUCACCCCGCCCCAUUCUCCCGCUUUGCAUCACCCCGCCCCAUUCUCGCACUUUCCAUCACCCCGCCCCAUUCUCCCGCUUUCCAUCACCCCGCCCCAUUCUCCCUCUUUCCAUCACCCCGCCCCAUUCUCCUGCUUUCCAUCACCCCGCCCCAUUCUCCCGCUUUCCAUCACCCCGCCCCAUUCUCCCUCUUUCCAUCACCCCGCCCCAUUCUCCCGCUUUCCAUCUCCCCACUCCAUUCUCCCUCCUUCCAUCACCCCGCCCCAUUCUCCUGCUUUCCAUGACCCCGCCCCAUUCUUCCGCAACCAUCACCCCGCCCCAUAUUCCCGCUUUCUAUCACCCCGCCCCAUUCUCCUGCUUUCCAUCACCCCGCCCCAUUCUCCCUCCUUCCAUCACACCGCUUCAUUUUCCCUCCUUCCAUCACCCCGCACCAUUCUCCCGCCUUCCAUCACCCCGCCCCAUUCUCCCUCCUUCCAUCACCCCACCCCAUUCUCUUUCCUUCCAUCACCCUGCCCCAUUCUCCCGCUUUCCAUCACCCCGCCCCAAUUUCCCGCUUUCCAUCACCCUACCUCAAUCUCCCUCUUUCCAUCACCCCACCCCAUUCUCCCUCCUUCCAUUACCCCGCCCCAUUCUCCUGCCUUCCAUCACCCUGCCCCAUUCUCCCGCUUUCAAUCACCCCGCCCUAUUUUCCCGUUUUCCAUCACCUCGCUUCAUUCUCCUGUUUUCCAUCACCCCGCCCUAUUCUUCCGCUUUCCACCACCUCGCCCCAUUCUCCCUCUUCCAUCACCCCGCCCCAUUCUCCCGCUUUCCAUCACCCCACCCCAUCCUCCCACCUUCCAUCACCCCGCCCCAUUCUCCCUCCUUCCAUCACCCCGAACCAUUCUUUCGCUUUCCAUCACCCGCCCCAUUUUCCCGUUUUCCAUCACCCCGCCCCAUUCUCCUGCUUUCCAUCACCUCGCCCCAUUCUCCUUGCUUCCAUCACCCCGCCCCAAUCUCCCUCCUUCCAUCACCCCGCCCCAUUCUCCCGCUUUCCAUCACCCCACCCCAUUCUCCCGCUUUCCAUCACCCCGCCCCAUUCUCCCGUUUUCCAUCACCCCGCCCCCCACAUUCUCCCACUUUCCAGCAGCCUGCCCAUUCUCCCUCCUUCCAUCGCCCUGCCCCAUUCUCCCUCCUUCCAUCACCCCGCCCCAUUCUCCCUCCUUCCAUCAUCCCGCCCCAUUUUCCCGCUUUCCAUCAGCCCGCCUAAUUCCCCUGCUUUCCAUCACCCCGCCCCAUUCUCCCGCUUUCCAUAACCCGCCCCAUUCUCCCGCUUUCCAUCACCCCGCCCCAUUCUCCCGCUCUCCAUCACCCCACCCCAUUCUCCCGCUUUCCAUCACCCCACCCCAUAUUCCCGCUUUCCAUCACCCCGUCCCAUUCUCCCGCUUUCUCUCACCCCGCCCCAUUCUCCAGCUUUCCAUCAGCCGCUCCAUUCUCCCGCUUUCCAUCACCCCGCCUCAUUCUCCCGAUUCCCAUCAACCCGCCCCAUUCUCCCGCUUUCUAUCACCCGUCCCCAUUCUCCCUCCUUCCAUCACCCCGCCCCAUUCUCCCGCUUUCCAUCACCCCGCCCCAUUCUCCCGCUUUCCAUCACCUCGCCCCAUUCUCCCGCUUUCCAUCACCCUGCCCCAUUCUCCCGUUUUCCAUCAACCUGCCCCAUUCUCCCGCUUUCCACCACCCAGCCAGAUUCUCCCUCCUUCCAUCACCCCACCCCAUUCUCCCGCUUUCCAUCACCCCGCCCCAUUCUCCUGCUCUUCAUCACCCCGCACCAUUCUCCCGUUUUCCAUCACCCCUCCCCAUUCUCCUGCUUUCCAUCACCCCGCCCCAUUCUCCCUCCUUCCAUCACCCCGCCCCAUUCUCCCUCCUUCCAUCACCCCGCCCCAUUCUCCCGCUUUCCAUCAGCCCGCCCCAUUCUCCCGCUUUCCAUCACCCUGCCCCAUUCUCCCGCUUUCCAUCACCCCGCCCCAUUCUCCCGGUUUCCAUCACCCCGCCCCCUUCUUCCUCCUUCCAUCACCCCGCCCCAUUCUCCCUCCUUCCAUCACCCCGCCCCAUUCUCCCGCUUUCCAACAGCCCGCCCCAUUCUCCCGCUUUCCAUCACCCCGCCCCAUUCUCCCGCUUUCCAUCUCCCCGCCCCGUUCUCCCGCUUUCCAUAACCCCGCCCCAUUCUCCCGCUUUCCAUCACCCCGCCCCAUUCUCCCGCUUCCCAUCAUCCCGCCCCAUUUCCCUCCUUUCCGUCACCCCUACCCAUUCUCCCUCCUUCCAUCACCCCGCCCCAUUCUCCCGCUCUCCAUCACCUCGCCCCAUUCUCCCGCUUUCCAUCACCUCGCCCCAUUCUCACGCUUUCCAUCACCCCGCCCCAUUCACCCGCUUUCCAUCACCCAGCCCCAUUCUCCCGCUUUCCAUCACCCAGCCCCAUUUUCCCCCUUUCCAUCACCCCGCCCCAUUCUCCCGCUUUCCAUCACCCCGCCCCAUUCUCCCGCUUUCCAUCACAUCGCCCCAUUCUCCCGCUUUCCAUCACCCCGCCCUAUUCUCCCGCUUUCCAUCACACGCCCAUUCUCCCGCUUUCCAUCACCACGCCCCAUUCUCCCGCUUUCCAUUACCGCGCCCCAUUUUCCCGCUUCCCAUCAUCUCGCCCCAUUCUCCCGCUUUCCAUCACCCUGCCCCAUUCUCCCUCCUUUGAUCACCCCACCCUAUUCUCCCGCUUUCCAUCACCUCGCCCCAUUCUCCCGCUUUCCAUCACCCCGCCCUUUUCUCCCGCUUUCCAUCACCCCGCCCCAUUCUCCCGCUUUCCAUCACCCCGCCCCAUUCUCCCGCUUUCCAUCACCCCGCCCCAUUCUCCCACUUUCCAUCACCCCACCCCAGUCUCCCGCUUUCCAUCACUCCGCCCCAUUCUCCCGCUUUCCAUCACCCCGCCCCAUUCACCCGCUUUCCAUCACCCCACCCCAUUCUCCCGCUUUCCAUCACUCCGCCCCAUUCUCCCGCUUUCCUUCACCCCUUCCCAUUCUCCCUCUUCCCAUCACCCCGCCCCAUUCUCCAACUUUCUAUCACCCCACCCCAUUCUCCCGCUUUCCAUCACUCCGCCCCAUUCUCCCUCCUUCCAUCACCCCGCCCCAUUCUCCCGCUUUCCAUCACCCCGCCCCCUUCUCCCACUUUCCAUCACCCCGCCCAAUUCUCUCGAUUUCCGUCACCCUGCCCCAUUCUCCCUCUUUCCGUCACCCCGCCCCAUUCUCCCGCUUUCUAUCAUCCCGCCCCAUUCCCCCGCUUUCCAUCACCCCGCUCUAUUCUCCCAAUUUCCAUUACCCCGCCCCAUUCUCCCUCCUUCCAUCACCCCGCCCCAUUCUCCCGCUUUCCAUCACCUCGCCCCAUUCUCCCGCUUUCCAUCACCCCGCCCUUUUCUCCCGCUUUCCAUCACCCCGCCCCAUUCUCCCGCUUUCCAUCAGCCCGCCCCAUUCUCCCGCUUUCCAUCACCCCGCCCCAUUCUCCCGCUUUCCAUCACCCCGCCCCAUUCUCCCGGUUUCCAUCACCCCGCCCCCUUCUCCCUCCUUCCAUCACCCCGCCCCAUUCUCCCUCCUUCCAUCACCCCGCCCCAUUCUCCCGCUUUCCAUCAGCCCGCCCCAUUCUCCCGCUUUCCAUCACCCCGCCCCAUUCUCCCGCUUUCCAUCUCCCCGCCCCAUUCUCCCGCUUUCCAUAACCCCGCCCCAUUCACCCGCUUUCCAUCACCCCGCCCCAUUCUCCCGCUUCCCAUCAUCCCGCCCCAUUUCCCUCCUUUCCGUCACCCCUCCCCAUUCUCCCUCCUUCCAUCACCCAGCCCCAUUCUCCCGCUCUCCAUCACCUCGCCCCAUUCUCCCGCUUUCCAUCACCUCGCCCCAUUCUCACGCUUUCCAUCACCCCGCCCCAUUCACCCGCUUUCCAUCACCCAGCCCCAUUCUCCCGCCUUCCAUCACCUCGCUCCAUUCUCCCGCUUUCCAUCACCCCGCCCCAUUCUCCCGCUUUCCAUCACCCCGCCCCAUUCUCCCGCUUUCCAUCACCCCGCCCCAUUCUCCCUCCUUCCAUCACCCCGCCCCAUUCUCCCGCUUUCCAUCACCCCGCCCCAUUCUCCCUCCUUCCAUCACCCCGCCCAAUUCUCCCUCCUCCCAUCACCCUGCCCCAUUCUCCCGCUUUCCAUCACCCUGCCCCAUUCUCCCGCCUCCCAUAACCCCACCCCAUUCUCCCGCUUUCCAUCACGCCGCCACAUUCUCCCACUUUCCAUCACCCCGCCCCCUUCUCUCUCCUUCCAUCACGCUGCCCCAUUCUCCCGCUUUCCAUCACCCCACCCCAUUUUCCCGUUUUCCAUCACCCCGCCCCAUUCUUCUGCUUUCCAUCACCCCGCCCCAUUCUCCCGCUUUCCACCACCCCGCCCCAUUCUCCCGCUUUCCAUCACCCCGCCCCAUUCUCCCGCUUUCCAUCACCCCACCCCAUCCUCCCACCUUCUAUCACCCCGCCUCAUUCUCCCUCCUUCCAUCACCCCGCCCCAUUCUCCCGCUUUCCAUCACCUCGCCCCAUUCUCCCGCUUUCCAUCACCCCGCCCCAUUCCCCUGCUUUCCAUCACCCCGCCCCAUUCUCCUGCUUUCCAUCACCCCGCCCCGUUCUCCCGCUUUCCAUCACCCCGCCCAAUUCUCCCGCUUUCCAUCACACGCCCAUUCUUCCGCUUUCCAUCACCACGCCCCAUUCUCCCGCUUUCCAUUACCGCGCCCCAUUUUCCCGCUUCCCAUCAUCUCGCCCCAUUCUCCCGCUUUCCAUCACCUCGCCCCAUUCUCCCGCUUUCCAUCACCCCGCCCUUUUCUCCCGCUUUCCAUCACCCCGCCCCAUUCUCCCGCUUUCCAUCACCCCGCCCCAUUCUCCCGCUUUCCAUCACCCCGCCCCAUUCUCCCACUUUCCAUCACCCCACCCCAGGGGCUCAUUCUCCCUCCUUCCAUCACCCCGCCCCAUUCUCCCGCUUUCCAUCACCCCGACCCAUUCUCCCACUUUCCAUCACCCCGCCCAAUUCUCUCGAUUUCCGUCACCCUGCCCCAUUCUCCCUCUUUCCGUUACCCCGCCCCAUUCUCCCGCUUUCUAUCAUCCCGCCCCAUUCCCCCGCUUUCCAUCACCCCGCCCUAUUCUCCCAAUUUCCAUCACCCCGCCCCAUUCUCCCUCCUUCCAUCACCCCGCCCCAUUCUCCCGCUUUCCAUCACCUCGCCCCAUUCUCCCGCUUUCCAUCACCCCGCCCUUUUCUCCCGCUUUCCAUCACCCCGCCCCGUUCUCCCGCUUUCCAUCAGCCCGCCCCAUUCUCCCGCUUUCCAUCACCCCGCCCCAUUCUCCCGCUUUCCAUCAGCCCGCCCCAUUCUCCCGGUUUCCAUCACCCCGCCCCCUUCUCCCUCCUUCCAUCACCCCGCCCCAUUCUCCCUCCUUCCAUCACCCCGCCCCAUUCUCCCGCUUUCCAUCAGCCCGCCCCAUUCUCCCGCUUUCCAUCACCCCGCCCCAUUCUCCCGCUUUCCAUCUCCCCGCCCCAUUCUCCCGCUUUCCAUAUCCCCGCCCCAUUCUCCCGCUUUCCAUCACCCCGCCCCAUUCUCCCGCUUCCCAUCAUCCCGCCCCAUUUCCCUCCUUUCCGUCACCCCUCCCCAUUCUCCCUCCUUCCAUCACCCAGCCCCAUUCUCCCGCUCUCCAUCACCUCGCCCCAUUCUCCCGCUUUCCAUCACCUCGCCCCAUUCUCACGCUUUCCAUCACCCCGCCCCAUUCACCCGCUUUCCAUCACCCCGCCCCAUUCUCCCGCUUUCCAUCACCCCGCCCCAUUCUCCCGCUUUCCAUAACCCCGCCCCAUUCUCCCGCUUUCCAUCACCCCACCCCACUCCCGCUUUCCAUCACCCCGCCCCAUUCUCCCGCUUUCCAUCACCCCGCCCCAUUCUCCCGCUUUCCAUCACUCCACUCCAUUCUCCCGCUUUCCAUCACCCCGCCCCAUUCUCCCGCUUUCCAUCACCCCGCCCCAUUCUCCCUCCUUCCAUCACCCCGCCUCAUUCUCCCUCCUUCCAUCACCCCGCCCCAUUCUCCCGCUUUCCAUCACCCCACCCCAUUCUCCCGCUUCCCAUCACCCCGCCCCAUUCUCCCGCUUCCCAUCUCCCCGCCCCAUUUUCCCACUUUACAUCACCCCGCCCCCUUCUCUCUCCUUCCAUCACCCCCCCCAUUCUCCCUCCUUCCAUCGCCCCGCCCCAUUCUCCCGCUUUCCAUCAGCCCGCCCCAUUCUCCCGCUUUCCAUCACCCCUCCCCUUUCUUCCGCUUUCCAUCUCCCCGCCCCAUUCUCCCGCUUUCCAUCACCCCGCCCCAUUCUCCUGCUUUCCAUCACCCCGCCCCAUUCUUCCGCUUCCCAUCAUCCCGCCCCAUUCCCCCGCUUUCCAUCACCCCUCCCCAUUCUCCCUCCUUCCAUCACCCCGCCCCAUUCUCUCGCUUUCCAUCACCCCGCCCCAUUCUCCCGCUUUCCAUCACCCCGCCCCAUUCUCCCACUUUCCAUCACUUCUCCCCAUUAUCCCUCCUUCCAUCACCCCGCCCCAUUCUCCCUCCUUCCAUCACCCCGCCCCAUUCUCCCGCUUUCCAUCACCCCGCCUCAUUCUCCCGCUUCCCAUAACCCCACCCCAUUCUUCCGCUUUCCAUCACCCCGCCACAUUCUCCCACUUUCCAUCACCCCGCCCCCUUCUCUCUCCUUCCAUCACCCCGCCCCAUUCUCCCUCCUUCCAUCACCCCGCCCCAUUCUCCCGCUUUCCAUCAGCCCGCCCCAUUCUCCCGCUUUCCAUCACCCCUCCCCUUUCUCCCGCUUUCCAUCUCCCCACCCCAUUCUCCCGCUUUCCAUCACCCUGCCCCAUUCUCCCGCUUUCCAUCACCCCGCCCCAUUCUUCCGCUUCCCAUCAUCCCGCCCCAUUCCCCCGCUUUCCAUCACCCCUCCCCAUUCUCCCUCCUUCCAUCACCCCGCCCCAUUCUCUAGCUUUCCAUCACCCCGCCCCAUUCUCCCGCUUUCCAUCACGCCGCCCCAUUCUCCCGCUUUCCAUCACCCCGCCCCAUUCUCCCUCCUUCCAUCACCCCGCCCCAUUCUCCCGCUUUCCAUCACCCCGCCCCAUUCUCCCGCUUCCCAUAACCCCUCCCCAUUCUCCCACUUUCCAUCACCCCGCCACAUUUUCCCACUUUACAUCACCCCGCCCCCUUCUCUCUCCUUCCAUCACCCCCCCCCAUUCUCCCUCCUUCCAUCGCCCCGCCCCAUUCUCCCGCUUUCCAUCAGCCCGCCCCAUUCUCCCGCUUUCCAUCACCCCUCCCCUUUCUCCCGCUUUCCAUCUCCCCGCCCCAUUCUCCCGCUUUCCAUCACCCCGCCCCAUUCUCCGGCUUUCCAUCACCCCGCCCCAUUCUUCCCUUCCCAUCAUCCCGCCCCAUUCCCCCGCUUUCCAUCACCCCUCCCCAUUCUCCCUCCUUCCAUCACCACGCCCCAUUCUCUCGCUUUCCAUCACCCCGCCCCAUUCUCCCGCUUUCCAUCACCCCGCCCCAUUCUCCCGCUUUCCAACACCCCGCCCCAUUCUCUCGCUUUCCAUCACCCCACCCCAUUCUCCCGCUUUCCAUCACCCGCCCCAUUCUCCCGCUUUCCAUCACCCUGCCCCCUUCUCCCUCCUUCCAUCACCCCGCCCCAUUCUCCCUCCUUCCAUCACCCCGCCCCAUUCUCCCGCUUUCCAUCACCUCGCCCCAUUCUCCCGCUUUCCAUCACCCCGCCCCAUUCUCCCGCUUUCCAUCACCCCGCCCCAUUCUCCCGCUUUCCAUCACCCCGCAACAUUCUCCCUCCUUCCAUCACCCCGCCCAAUUCUCCUGCUUUCCAUCACCCCGCCCCAUUCUGCCUCCUUCCAUCACCCCGCCCCAUUCUCCCUCCUUCCAUCACCCCGCCCCAUUCUCCUGCUUUCCAUAACCCCGCCCCAUUCUCCCGCUUCCCAUAACCCCACCUCAUUCUCCCGCUUUCCAUCACCCCGCCCCAUUCUCCCGAUUUCCAUCACCCCGCCCCAUUCUCCCGCUUUCCAUCACCCCGCCCCAUUCUCCCGCUUUCCAUCACCCCGCCCCAUUCUCCCGCUUUCCAUCAUCCCGCCCCAUUCUCCCUCCUUCCAUCACCCCGCCCCAUUCUCCCGCUUUCCAUCACUCCGCCCCAUUCUCCCUCCUUCCAUCACCCCGCCCCAUUCUCCCUCCUUCCAUCACCCCGCCCCAUUCUCCCGCUUUCAAUCACCCCGCCCCAUUCUCCCGCUUCCCAUAACCCCACCCCAUUCUCCCGCUUUCCAUCACCCCGCCACAUUCUCCCACUUUCCAUCACCCCGCCCCCUUCUCUCUCCUUCCAUCACCCCGCCCCAUUCUCCCUCCUUCCAUCACCCCGCCCCAUUCUCCCGCUUUUCAUCAGCCCGCCCCAUUCUCCCGCUUUCCACCACCCCUCCCCUUUCUCCCGCUUUCCAUCUCCCUGCCCCAUUCUCCCGAUUUCCAUCACCCCGCCCCAUUCUCCCGCUUUCCAUCACCCCGCCCCAUUCUUCUGCUACCCAUCAUCCUUACCCAUUCCCCCGCUUUCCAUCACCCCGCCCCAUUCUCCCGCUUUCCAUCACGCCGCCCCAUUCUCCCGCUUUCCAUCACCCCGCCCCAUUCUCCCUCCUUCCAUCACCCCGCCCCAUUCUCCCGCUUUCCAUUACCCCGCCCCAAUCUCCCUCCUUCCAUCACCCCGCCCCAUUCUCCCUCAUUCCAUCACCCCGCCCCAUUCUCCCGCUUUCCAUCACCACGCCCCAUUCUCCCGCUUCCCAUAACCCCACCCCAUUCUCCCGCUUUCCAUCACCCCGCCACAUUUUCCCAUUUUCCAUCACCCCGCCCCCUUCUCUCUCCUUCCAUCACCCCGCCCUAUUCUCCCUCCUUCCAUCACCUCGCCCCAUUCUCCCGCUUUCCAUCAGCCCGCCCCAUUCUCCCGCUUUCCAUCACCCCGCCCCUUUCUCCCGCUUUCCAUCUCCCCGCCCCAUUCUCCCGCUUCCCAUAACCCCACCCCAUUCUCCCGCUUUCCAUCACCCCGCCACAUUCUCCCACUUUCCAUCACCCCGCCCCCUUCUCUCUCCUUCCAUCACCCCGCCCCAUUCUCCCUCCUUCCAUCACCCCGCCCCAUUCUCCCGCUUUUCAUCAGCCCGCCCCAUUCUCCCGCUUUCCACCACCCCUCCCCUUUCUCCCGCUUUCCAUCUCCCUGCCCCAUUCUCCCGCUUUCCAUCACCCCGCCCCAUUCUCCCGCUUUCCAUCACCCCGCCCCAUUCUUCUGCUACCCAUCAUCCUUACCCAUUCCCCCGCUUUCCAUCACCCCUCCCCAUUCUCCCUCCUUCCAUCACCCCGCCCCAUUCUCUCGCUUUCCAUCACCCCGCCCCAUUCUCCCGCUUUCCAUCACCCCGCCCCAUUCUCCCGCUUUCCAUCACCCCGCCCCAUUCUCCCUCCUUCCAUCACCCCGCCCCAUUCUCCCGCUUUCCAUUACCCCGCCCCAAUCUCCCUCCUUCCAUCACCCCGCCCCAUUCUCCCUCAUUCCAUCACCCCGCCCCAUUCUCCCGCUUUCCAUCACCACGCCCCAUUCUCCCGCUUCCCAUAACCCCACCCCAUUCUCCCGCUUUCCAUCACCCCGCCACAUUUUCCCAUUUUCCAUCACCCCGCCCCCUUCUCUCUCCUUCCAUCACCCCGCCCUAUUCUCCCUCCUUCCAUCACCCCGCCCCAUUCUCCCGCUUUCCAUCAGCCCGCCCCAUUCUCCCGCUUUCCAUCACCCCGCCCCUUUCUCCCGCUUUCCAUCUCCCCGCCCCAUUCUCCCGCUUUCCAUCACCCCGACCCAUUCUCCCGCUUUCCAUCACCUCGCCCCAUUCUUCCGCUUCCCCCCGCCCCAUUCUCUCGCUUUCAAUCACCCCUCCCCUUUCUCCCGCUUUCCAUCUCCCUGCCCUAUUCUCCCGCUUUCCAUCACCCCGCCCCAUUCUCCCGCUUUCCAUCACCCCGCCCCAUUCUUCCGCUACCCAUCAUCCUGACCCAUUCCCCCGCUUUCCAUCACCCCUCCCCAUUCUCCCUCCUUCCAUCACCCCGCCCCAUUCUCUCGCUUUCCAUCACCCCGCCCCAUUCUCCCGCUUUCCAUCACCCCGCCCCAUUCUCCCGCUUUCCAUCACCCCGCCCCAUUCUCCCUCCUUCCAUCACCCCGCCCCAUUCACCCGCUUUCCAUUACCCCGCCCCAAUCUCCCUCCUUCCAUCACCCCGCCCCAUUCUCCCUCAUUCCAUCACCCCGCCCCAUUCUCCCGCUUUCCAUCACCACGCCCCAUUCUCCCGCUUCCCAUAACCCCACCCCAUUCUCCCGCUUUCCAUCACCCCGCCACAUUUUCCCACUUUCCAUCACCCCGCCCCCUUCUCUCUCCUUCCAUCACCCCACCCGAUUCUCCCUCCUUCCAUCACCCCGCCCCAUUCUCCCGUUUUCCAUCAGCCCGCCCCAUUCUCCCGCUUUCCAUCACCCCGCCCCUUUCUCCCGCUUUCCAUCUCCCCGCCCCAUUCUCCCGCUUUCCAUCACCCCGCCCCAUUCUCCCGCUUUCCAUCACCCCGCCCCAUUCUUCCGCUUCCCAUCAUCACGCCCCAUUCCCCCGCUUUCCAUCACCCCUCCCCAUUCUCCCUCCUUCCAUCACCCCGCCCCAUUCUCUCGCUUUCCAUCACCUCGCCCCAUUCUCCCGCUUUCCAUCACCCCGCCCCAUUCUCCCGCUUUCCAUCACCCCGCCCCAUUCUUCCUCCUUCCAUCACCCCGCCCCAUUCUCCCACUUUCCAUCACCCCGCCCCAUUCUCCCUCCUUCCAUCACCCCGCCCCAUUCUCCCUCAUUCCAUCACCCCGCCCUAUUCUCCCGCUUUCCAUCACCCCGCCCCAUUCUCCCGCUUCCCAUAACCCCACCCCAUUCUCCCGCUUUCCAUCACCCCGCCACAUUUUCCCACUUUCCAUCACCCCGCCCCCUUCUCUCUCCUUCCAUCACCCCGCCCCAUUCUCCCUCCUUCCAUCACCCCGCCCCAUUCUCCCGCUUUUCAGCAGCCCGCCCCAUUCUCCCGCUUUCCAUCACCCCUCCCCUUUCUCCCGCUUUCCAUCUCCCCGCCCCAUUCUCCCGCUUUCCAUCACCCCGCCCCAUUCUCCCGCUUUCCAUCACCCCGCCCCAUUCUCCCGCUUUCCAUCACCCCGCUCCAUUCUCCCGCUUUCCAUCACCCCGCCCCAUUCUCCCGCUUCCCAUAACCCCACCCCAUUCUCCCGCUUUCCAUCACCCCGCCACAUUUUCCCACUUUCCAUCACCCCGCCCCCUUCUCUCUCCUUCCAUCACCCCGCCCCAUUCUCCCUCCUUCCAUCACCCCGCCCCAUUCUCCCGCUUUUCAGCAGCCCGCCCCAUUCUCCCGCUUUCCAUCACCCCGCCCCAUUCUCCCACUUUCCAUCACCCCGCCCCAUUCUCCCGCUUUCCAUCACCCCGCUCCAUUCUCCCGCUUUCCAUCACCCCGCCCCAUUCUCCCGCUUCCCAUAACCCCACCCCAUUCUCCUGCUUUCCAUCACCCCGCCACAUUCUCCCACUUUCCAUCACCCCGCCCCCUUCUCUCUCCUUCCAUCACCCCGCCUUAUUCUCCCGCCUUCCAUCACCCCGUCCCAUUCUCCCGCUUUCCAUCAGCCCGCCCCAUUCUCCCGCUUUCCAUCACCCCUCCCCUUUCUCCCGCUUUCCAUCUCCCCGCCCCAUUCUCCCGCUUUCCAUCACCCCGCCCCAUUCUCCCGCUUUCCAUCACCCCGCCCCAUUCUUCCGCUUCCCAUCAUCCCGCCCCAUUCCCCCGCUUUCCAUCACCCCUCCCCAUUCUCCCUCCUUCCAUCACCCCGCCCCAUUCUCUCGCUUUCCAUCACCCCACCCCAUUCUCCCGCUUUCCAUCACCCCGCCCCAUUCUCCCUCCUUCCAUCACCCCGCCCCAUUCUCCCGCUUUCCAUCAUUCCGCCCCAUUCUCCCUCCUUCCAUCACCCCGCCCCAUUCUCCCUCCUUCCAUCACCCCGCCCCAUUCUCCCGCUUUCCAUCACCCCGCCCCAUUCUCCCGCUUCCUAUAAUCCCACCCCAUUCUCCCGCUUUCCAUAACCCCACCCCAUUCUCCCGCUUUCUAUCACCCCGCCACAUUUUCCCACUUUCCAUCACCCCGCCCCCUUCCAGCCCCAUUCGCCCGCUGUCCAUCACCCCGCCCCUUUCUCCCGCUUUCCAUCACCCCGCCCCAUUCUCCCGCUUUCCAUCACCCCGCCCCAUUCUCCCGCUUUCCAUCACCCCGCCCCAUUCUCCCGCUUUCCAUCACUCCGCCCCAUUCUCCCGCUUUCCAUCACCCCGACCCAUUCUCCCACUUUCCAUCACCCCGCCCCAUUCUCCCUCCUUCCAUCACCCCGCCUCAUUCUCCCUCCUUCCAUCACCCUGCCCCAUUCUCCCGCUUUCCAUCACCCCGCCCCAUUCUCCCGCUUUCCAUCACCCCGCCCCAUUCUUCCUCCUUCCAUCACCCCGCCCCAUUCUCCCGCUUUCCAUCACCCCGCCCCAUUCUCCCUCCUUCCAUCACCCCGCCCCAUUCUCCCUCAUUCCAUCACCCCGCCCCAUUCUCCCGCUUUCCAUCACCCCGCCCCAUUCUACCGCUUCCCAUAACCCCACCCCAUUUUCCCGCUUUCCAUCACCCCGCCACAUUUUCCCACUUUCCAUCACCCCGCCCCCUUGUUUCUCCUUCCAUCACCCCGCCCCAUUCUCCCUCCUUCCAUCACCCCGCCCCAUUCUCCCUCCUUCCAUCACCCCGCCGCAUUCUCCCGCUUUCCAUCAGCCAGCCCCAUUCUCCCGCUGUCCAUCACCCCGCCCCUUUCUCCCGCUUUCCAUCACCCCGCCCCAUUCUCCCGCUUUCCAUCACCCCGCCCCAUUCUCCCGCUUUCCAUCACCCUGCCCCAUUCUCCCGCUUUCCAUCACUCCGCCCCAUUCUCCCGCUUUCCAUCACCCCGACCCAUUCUCCCACUUUCCAUCACCCCGCCCCAUUCUCCCUCCUUCCAUCACCCCGCCUCAUUCUCCCUCCUUCCAUCACCCCGCCCCAUUCUCCCGCUUUCCAUCACCCCGCCCCAUUCUCCCGCUUUCCAUCACUAAGCCCCAUUCUCCCGCUUUCCAUCGACCGCCCCAUUUUUCCGCUUUCCAUCACCCCGCCCCAUUCUCCCGCUUUCCAAUCACCCUGCCCCAAUCUCCCGCUUUCCAUCACCCCGCCCCAUUCUCCCUCCUUCCAUCACCCCGCCCCAUUCUCCCGCUUUCCAUCACCCCGCCCCAUUCUCCCGCUUUCCAUCACCCAGCCCCAUUCUCCCGCUUUCCAUCACCCCGCCCCAUUCUCCCGCUUUCCAUCACCCCGCCCCAUUCUCCCGCUUUCCAUCACCCCGCCCCAUUCUCCCUCCUUCCAUCACCCCGCCCCAUUCUCCCGCUUUCCAUCACCCCGCCCCAUUCUCCCUCCUUCCAUCACCCCGCCCCAUUCUCCAUCCUUCCAUCACCCCGCCCCAUUCUCCUGCUUUCCAUCACCCCGCCCCAGUCUCCCGCUUCCCAUAACCCCACCCCAUUCUCCCGCUUUCCAUCACCCCACCACAUUUUCCCGCUUUCUAUCACCCCGCCCCAUUCUCCCUCCUUCCAUCACCCCGCCCCAUUCUCCCUCCUUCCAUCACCCCGCCCCAUUCUCCCGCUUUCCAUCACUAAGCCCCAUUCUCCCGAUUUCCGUCACCCCGCCCCAUUCUCCCGCUUUCCAUCACCCCGCCCCAUUCUCCCGCUUUCCAUCAUCCCGCCCCAUUCUCCCUCCUUCCAUCACCCCGCCCCAUUCUCCCGCUUUCCAUCUCUCCGCCCCAUUCUCCCUCCUUCCAUCACCCCGCCCCAUUCUCCCUCCUUCCAUCACCCCGCCCCAUUCUCCCGCUUUCCAUCACCCCGCCCCAUUCUCCCGCUUCCCAUAACCCCACCCCAUUCUCCCGCUUUCCAUCACCCCGCCACAUUCUCCCACUUUCCAUCACCCCGCCCCCUUCUCUCUCCUUCCAUCACCCCGCCCCAUUCUACCUCCUUCCAUCACCCCGCCCCAUUCUCCCGCUUUCCAUCACCCUGCCCCAUUCACCCGCUUUCCAAUCACCCGCCCCAUUCUCCCGCUUUCCAUCACCCCGCCCGAUUCUCCCGCUUUCCAUCACCCCGCCACAUUUCUCCACUUUCCAUCACCCCGCCCCCUUCUUUCUCCUUCCAUAAACCCGCCCCAUUCUCCCUCCUUCCAUCACCCCGCCCCAUUCUCCCUCCUUCCAUCACCCCGCCCCAUUCUUCCGCUUUCCAUCAGCCAGCCCCUUUCUCCCGCUUUCCAUCACCCCGCCCCAUUCUCCCGCUUUCCAUCACCCCGCCCCAUUCUCCCGCUUUCCAUCACCCCGCCCCAUUCUCCCGCUUUCCAUCACUCCGCCCCAUUCUCCCGCUUUCCAUCACCCCGACCCAUUCUCCCACUUUCCAUCACCCCGCCCCAUUCUCCCUCCUUCCAUCACCCCGCCCCAUUCUCCCUCCUUCCAUCAUCCCGCCCCAUUCUCCCACUUUCCAUCACCCGCCCCAUUCUCCCGCUUUCCAUCACCUCGCCCAUUCUCCCGCUUUCCAUCACCCCGCCCCAUUCUCCCGCUUUCCAUCACCCUGCCCCAUUCACCCGCUUUCCAAUCACCCGCCCCAUUCUCCCGCUUUCCAUCACCCCGCCCCAUUCUCCCACUUUCCAUCACCCCGCCACAUUUUCCCACUUUCCAUCACCCCGCCCCCUUCUUUCUCCUUCCAUCACCCCGCCCCAUUCUCCCUCCUUCCAUCACCCCGCCCCAUUCUCCCUCCUUCCAUCACCCCGCCCCAUUCUUCCGCUUUCCAUCAGCCAGCCCCAUUCUCCCGCUGUCCAUCACCCCGCCCCUUUCUCCCGCUUUCCAUCACCCCGCCCCAUUCUCCCGCUUUCCAUCACCCCGCCCCGUUCUCCCGCUUUCCAUCACCCCGCCCCAUUCUCCCGCUUUCCAUCACUCCGCCCCAUUCUCCCGCUUUCCAUCACCCCGACCCAUUCUCCCACUUUCCAUCACCCUGCCCCAUUCUCCCUCCUUCCAUCACCCCGCCUCAUUCUCCCUCCUUCCAUCACCCCGCCCCAUUCUCCCGCUUUCCAUCACCCCGCCCCAUUCUCCCGCUUUCCAUCACUAAGCCCCAUUCUCCCGCUUUCCAUCACCCGCCCCAUUUUUCCGCUUUCCAUCACCCCGCCCCAUUCUCCCACUUUCCAUCACCCUGCCCCAAUCUCCCGCUUUCCAUCACCCCACCCCAUUCUCCCGCUUUCCAUCACCCUGCCCCAUUCUCCCGCUUUUCAUCACCCCGCCCCAUUCUUCCGCUUUCCAUCACCCCGCCCCAUUCUCCCGCUUUCGAUCACCCCGCCCCAUUCUCCCGCUUUCCAUCACCCCGCCCCAUUCUUCCGCUUCCCAUCAUCCCGCCCCAUUCCCCCGCUUUCCAUCACCCCUCCCCAUUCUCCCUCUUUCCAUCACCCCACCCCAUUCUCCCGCUUUCCAUCACCCCGCCCCAUUCUCCCGCUUUCCAUCACCCCGCCCCAUUCUCCCGCUUUCCAUCACUCCGCCCCAUUCUCCCACUUUCCAUCACCCCGACCCAUUCUCCCACUUUCCAUCACCCCGCCCCAUUCUCCCUCCUUCCAUCACCCCGCCCCAUUCUCCCUCCUUCCAUCACCCCGCCCCAUUCUCCCGCUUUCCAUCACCCCGCCCCAUUCUCCCGCUUUCCAUCACCCCGCUCCAUUCUCCCGCUUUCCAUCACCCCGCCCCAUUCUCCCGCUUCCCAUAACCCCACUCCAUUUUCCCGCUUUCCAUCACCCCGCCACAUUUUCCCACUUUCCAUCACCCCGCCCCCUUCUCUCUCCUUCCAUCACCCCGCACCAUUCUCCCUCCUUCCAUCACCCCGCCCCAUUCUUCCGCUUUCCAUCAGCCCGCCCCAUUCUCCCGCUUUCCAUCACCCCGCCCAUUUCUCCCGCUUUCCAUCUCCCCGCCCCAUUCUCCCGCUUUCCAUCACACCGCCUCAUUCUCCCGCUUUCCAUCACCCAGCCCAAUUCUUCCGCUUCCCAUCAUCCCGCCCCAUUCCCCCGCUUUCCAUCACCCCUCCCCAUUCUCCCUCCUUCCAUCACCCCGCCCCAUUCUCCCACUUUCCAUCACCCGCCCCAUUCUCCCGCUUUCCAUCACCUCGCCCCAUUCUCCCGCUUUCCAUCACCCCGCCCCAUUCUUCUGCUUUCCAUCACCCCGCCCCAUUCUCCCGCUUUCCAUCACCCUGCCCCAUUCACCCGCUUUCCAUCACCCGCCCCAUUCUCCCGCUUUCCAUCACCCCGCCCCAUUCUCCCGCUUUCCAUCACCCCGCCCAAUUCUCCCGCUUCUCAUCACCCCGCCCCAUUCUCCCGCUUUCCAACACCCCAGCCCAUUCUCUCGCUUUCCAUCACCCCGCCCCUUUCUUCCUCCUUCCAUCACCCCGCCUUAUUCUCCCUCCUUCCUUCACCCCGCCCCAUUCUCCCGCUUUCCAUCACCCUGCCCCAUUCUCCCGCUUUCCAUCAACCCCGCCCCAUUCUCCCGCUUUUCCAUCACCCCGCCCCAUUCUCCCUCCUUCCAUCACCCCGCCCCAUUCUCCCGCUUUCCAUCACCCCGCCCCAUUCUCCCGCUUUCCAUCACCCCGCCCCAUUCUCCCAUCACCCCGCCCCAUUCUCCCGCUUUCCAUCACCACGCCCCAUUCUCCCGCUUUCCAUCACCCUGCCCCAUUCUCCCGCUUUCCAUCACCCCGCCUCAUUCUCCCGCUUCCCAUCAUCCCGGCCCAUUCCCCCGCUUUCCAUCACCUCUCCCUCCUUCCAUCACCCCGCCCCAUUCUCCCGCUUUCUAUCACCCGUCCCCAUUCUCCCUCCUUCCAUCACCCCGCCCCAUUCUCCCGCUUUCCAUCACCCCGCCCCAUUCUCCCGCUUUCCAUCACCUCGCCCCAUUCUCCCGUUUUUUAUCACCCCGCCCCAUUCUCCCGCUUUCCAUCACCCCGCCCGAUUCUCCCUCCUUCCAUCACCCCACACCAUUCUCCCGCUUUCCAUCACCCCGCCCCAUUCUCCUGCUUUCCAUCACCCCUCCCCAUUCUCCCGCUUUCCAUCACCCCGCCCCAUUCUCCCGCUUUCCAUCACCCCGCCCCAUUCUCCCGCUUUCCAUCACCCCGCCCCAUUCUCCCGCUUUCCCUCACCCCGCCCCAUUCUCCAGCUUUCCAUCACCCCGCCCCAUUCUCCCGCUUCCCAUCAACCCGCCCCAUUCUCCCGCUUUCUAUCACCCGUCCCCAUUCUUCCUCCUUCCAUCACCCCGCCCCAUUCUCCCGCUUUCCAUCACCCCGCCCCAUUCUCCCGCUUUCCAUCACCUUGCCCCAUUCUCCCACUUUUUAUCACCCCGCCCCAUUCUCCCGCUUUCCAUCGCCCCGCCCGAUUCUCCCUCCUUCCAUCACCCCACACCAUUCUCCUGCAUUCUAUCACCCCGCCCCAUUCUCCUGCUUUCCAUCACCCCGCCCCAUUCUCUUGCUUACUAUCAACCCGCCCCAUUCUCCCGCUUUCUAUCAUCCGUCCCCAUUCUCCCUCCUUCCAUCACCCCGCCCCAUUCUCCCGCUUUCCAUCACCUCGCCCCAUUCUCCCGCUUUUUAUCACCCCGCCCCAUUCUCCCGCUUUUCAUCAGCCCGCCCGAUUCUCCCUCCUUCCAUCACCCCACACCAUUCUCCCGCUUUCCAUCACCCCGCCCCAUUCUCCUGCUUUCCAUCACCCCUCCCCAUUCUCCCGCUUUCCAUCACCCCGCCCCAUUCUCCCGCUUUCCAUCACCCUGCCCCAUUCUCCCGCUUUCCCUCACCCCGCCCCAUUCUCCAGCUUUCCCUCAUCGCGCCCCAUUCUCCCGCUUCCCAUCAACCCGCCCCAUUCUCCCGCUUUCUAUCACCCGUCCCCAUUCUCCCUCCUUCCAUCACCCCGCCCCAUUCUCCCGCUUUCCAUCACCCCGCCCCAUUCUCCCGCUUUCCAUCACCUCGCCCCAUUCUCCCGCUUUUUAUCACCCCGCCCCAUUCUCCCGCUUUCCAUCGCCCCGCCCCAUUCUCCCUCUUUCCAUCACCCCGCCCCAUUCUCCCUCUUUCCAUUACCCCACCCUAUUCUCCUGCUUUCCAUCACCCCGCCCCAUUCUCCCUCUUUCCAUCACCCCGCCCCAUUCUCCCGCUUUCUAUCACCCCACCCCAUUCUCCCGCUUUCCAUCACCCCGCCCCAUUCUCCCUCUUUCCAUCACCCCGCCCCAUUCUCCCGCCUUUCAUCACCCCGCCCCAUUCUCCCCCUUUCCAUCACCCCGCCCAAUUCUCCCGCUUUCCAUCACCCCGCCCCAUUCCCGCCUUCCAUCACCCCGCCCCAUUCUACCUCUUUCCAUCACCCCGCCCCAUUCUCACGCUUUCCAUCACCCUGACCCAUUUUCCUUCUUUCCAUCACAACGCCCCAUUCUCCCGCUUUCCAUCACCCCGCCCCAUUCUCCCUCUAUCCAUCACCCCGCCCAAUUCUCCCACUUUCCAUCACCCCGUCCCAUUCUCCCGUUUUCCAUCACCUCGCCCCAUUCUCUCGCUUUCCAUCACCCCGCCUUAUUCUCCCGCUUUCCAUCACCUCGCCCCAUUCUCCCGAUUUCCAUCUCCCCGCCCCAUUCUCCCGCUUUCCAUCACCCCGCCCCAUUCUCCCACUUUCCAUCACCCCGCCCCAUUCUCCCGCUUUCCAACACCCCGACCCAUUCUCCCGCUUUCCAUCACCCCGCACCAUUCUCCCUCUUUCCAUCACCCCGCCCCAUUCUCCCUCUUUCCAUCACCCUGCCCCAUAAUCCCGCUUUCCAUCACCCCGCGCCAUUUUCCCUCUUUCCAUCACCCCACCCCAUUCUCCCGCUUUCCAUCACCCUGCCCCAUUCUCCCGCUUUCCAUCACCCCGCUCCAUUGUCCCGCUUUCAAUCACCCCGCCCGAUUCUCCCUCUUUCCAUCACCCCUCCCCAUUCUCCCUCUUUCCAUCACCCCGCCCCAUUCUCCCGCUUUCCAUCACCCUGCCCCGUUCUCCCUCUUUCCAUCACCCCGCCCCAUUCUCCCUCUUUCCAUUACCCCGCCCCAUUCUCCUGCUUUCCAUCACCCCGCCCCAUUCUCCCUCUUUCCAUCACCCCGCCCCAUUCUCCCGCUUUCUAUCACCCCACCCCAUUCUCCCGCUUUCCAUCACCCCGUCCCGUUCUCCCUCUUUCCAUCACCCCGCCCCAUUCUCCCGCCUUUCUAUCACCCCGCCCCAUUCUCCCGCCUUCCAUCACCCCGCCCCAUUCUCUCUCUUUCCAUCACCCCGCCCCAUUCUCACGCUUUCCAUCACCCCGCCCCAUUCUCCCUCUAUACAUCACCCCGCCCAAUUCUCCCACUUUCCAUCACCUCGUCCCAUUCUCCCAUUUUCCAUCACCCCGCCCCAGUCUCUCGCUUUCCAUCACCCUGCCUUAUUCUCCCGCUUUCCAUCACCCCGCCCCAUUCUCCCGAUUUCUAUCACCCCGCCCCAUUCUCCCACUUUCCAUCACCUCGCCCCAUUCUCCCGCUUUCCAUCACCCCGCCCCAUUCUCCCGCUUUCCAACACCUCGCCCCAUUCUCCCGCUUUCCAUCACCCCGCCCCAUUCUCACUCUUUCCAUCACCCCGCCCCAUUCUCCCUCUUUCCAUCACCCCGCCCCAUUCUCCUGCUUUCCAUCACCCCGCCCCAUUCUCCCUCUUUCCAUAACCCCACCCCAUUCUCCCGCUUUCCACAACCCCGCCCCAUUCUCCCGCUUUCCAUCACCCCGCCCCAUUCUCCCUCUUUCCAUCACCCCGCCUCGUUCUCCCGCUUUCCAUCACCCCGCCCCAUUCUCCCGCUUUCCAUCACCUCGCCCCAUUCUCCCGCUUUCAAUCACCCCGCCCCAUUCUCCCGCUUUCCAUCACCCCGCCCCAUUCUCCCACUUUCCAUCACCCGCCCCAUUCUCCCUCUUUCCAUCACCCAGCCCCAUUCUCCCGCUUUCCAUCACCCCGCCCCAUUCUACCGCUUUCCAUCAUCCCGCUCCAUUCCCCAUUCUCCCUCUUUCCAUCACCCCGCCCCAUUCUUCCUCUUUCCAUCACCCCGCCCCAUUCUCCCAAUUUCCGUCACCCCGCCCCAUUCUCCCUCUUUUCAUAACCCCGCCCCAUUCUCCCGAUUUUUACCACCCCGCCCCAUUCUCACGCUUUCCAUCACCCCGCCCCAUUCUCCCUCUUUCCAUCACCCGCCCCAUUCUCCUGCUUUCCAUCAUCCCGCCCCAUUCUCCCUCCUUUUAUCACCCCGCCCCAUUCCCCCUCUAUCCAUCACCCCGCCCCAUUCUCCCUCUAUCCAUCACCCCGCCCAAUUUUCCCACUCUCCAUCACCCCGCCCCAUUCUCUCGCUUUCCAUCACCCUGCCUUAUUCUCCCGCUUUCCAUCACCUCGCCCCAUUCUCCCGAUUUCCAUCACCCCGCCCCGUUCUCCCGCUUUCCAUCACCUCGCCCCAUUCUCCCGCUUUCCAUCACCACGCCCCAUUCUCCUGCUUUCCAACACCUCGCCCCAUUCUCCCGCUUUCCAUCACCCCGCCCCAUUCUCACUCUUUCCAUCACCCGCCCCAUUCUCCCUCUUUCCAUCACCCCGCCCCAUUCUCCCUUUUUCCUUCACCCCGCCCCAUUCUCCCGCUUUCCAUCACCCCGCCCCAUUCUCCCUCUUUCCAUAACCCCGCCCCAUUCACCCGCUUUCCAUCACCCCACCCCAUUCUCCCUCUUUCCAUCACCCCGCCCCGUUCUCCCGCUUUCCAUCACCCCGCCCCAUUCUCCUGCUUUCCAUCACACUGCCCCAUUCUCCUGCUUUCCAUCACCCCGCCCCAUUCUCCCAAUUUCCAUCACCCCGCCCCAUUCUCCCGCUUUCCAUCACCCCGCCCCAUUCUCCCGCUUUCUAUCACCCCGCCCCAUUCUCCCGCUUUCCACCACCCCGCCCCAUUCUCCUACUUUCCAUCACCCCGCCCCAUUCUCCCUCUUUCCAUCACCCCGCCCCAUUCUCCCUCUUUCCAUCACCCCGCCCCAUUCUCCCUCUUUCCUUCACCCCGCCCCAUUCUCCCGCUUUCCAUCACCCCGCCCCAUUCUCCCUCUUUCCAUAACCCCGCCCCAUUCACCCGCUUUCCAUCACCCCGCCCCAUUCUCCCUCUUUCCAUCACCCGGCCCCGUUCUCCCGCUUUCCAUCACCCCGCCCCAUUCUCCCGCUUUCCAUCACCUCGCCCCAUUCUCCUGCUUUCCAUCACCCUGCCCCAUUCUCCCUCUUUCCAUCACCCCGCCCCAUCCUCCCGCUUUCCAUCACCCCGCCCAUUCUCCCGCUUUCCAUCACCCCGCCCCAUUCUCCCACUUUCCAUCACCCCGUCCCAUUAUCCCUCUUUCCAUCACCCCACCCCAUUCUCCCGCUUUCCAUCACCCCGCCCCAUUCUUCCUCUUUCCAUCUUCCCGCCCCAUUCUCCCUCUUUCCAUCACCCCGCCCCAUUCUCCCUCGUUCCAUCACCCCGCCCCAUUUCCCCUCUUUCCAUCACCCCGCCCCGUUCUCCCUCUUUCCAUCUUCCCGCCCCAUUCUCCCGAUUUCCGUCACCCCGCCCCAUUCUCCCUCUUUCCAUCACCCCGCCCCAUUCUCCCUCUUUCCAUCACCCCGACCCAUUCUCCCGCUUUCCAUCACCCCGCCCCAUUCUCCCUCUUUCCAUCACCCCGCCCCAUUCUCCCGCUUUCCAUCACCCCGCCCCAUUCUCCCGCUUUCCAUCACCCCGCCCCAUUCUACCGCUUUCCAUCACCCCGUCCCAUUAUCCCUCUUUCCAUCACCCCGCCCCAUUCUCCCGCUUUCCAUCACCCCGCCCCAUGA